AUGGCUACCUGGGCAUAUCCUCCCCUGCCUCCGGAGCGAUUGGAGCAGGAAGCCGACAGCGCAUUGGCGAAAGAGCUGGAAUGGCUACUGCGCAAUUUACAAGACUCGCUAGCAUCCCUGAGAGAAGGUCUCCAUGAAUGUGAAGCGCUUUUGGCUCCCAAGGAGCCCGGUAGCACAUUGGUCCUAUCGUCUCUGCGAUCCGAGAAUGUAAAAGGGUUCGUCACAAGAGUUGGUACCAAAAUUGUGAAAGGCGAUAUCCAGCUUCGCCUUAGCUCCCUUGCAUCAGUGCGUGGCUCGCCCACCACUCGAUUGUGCCUGUCAGCCGGCCCUGAUGCUCCAGAGCUCGUGCUAAACCAACUGGCUUCGGUGAGAAACUUGGUCAGCCAGAGCCUCGAUGUUGUGGACGUUAGCACAUGGACCGGCGACCCGCUCAAUGCGAGUUUUAUAUUCGGUCAAUUACACCUUUUGCACGAGACCAUCUCCGAGGCUCGGCAAAUGCUAAAGGGUGAUAAUGAUAAAGUCAGAGGCAAAUGGUGGGAAACUAGUGCAGCUGAAGAUAUGUUUGACCCCCCCGUUCCCUCGUCGCUUUCAUUCCAUCUCUCGAUUGCAGAUUCAGCUCUGGUGCUGUACCUGAGGACCCUCGAGCCCACCACCCCCAAUCACACUCCAACCGCCUUUGCGACUGAUAUCUCGUUGACCGGGUUCAACCUGCGGGAUCGGAUCUUCGGUACUCGCCAUCGCCCGCAUGAUGAGGCUGGUGAUGUAUUUAUCUGGAAAGGCGAAGAGGUCAAAGUGAAGGAGAAGGUGCGAGUGGAGAGUCAGGAUCCCAGCCUGAUGGCCGUCAUGGCUAAACUGACUGCCUUACAACAUGAGGUGAUGAAGUGGAUAUCGGCCUUGAAGGUUCUCAUGGGUAGUGAGGAUUCAGAGAGCGACACUCGGUCUUAG